AUGAGUUGCUGUUCAUUGAUUGGAAGAGUCUUGUUGGUCAUCAUUUUCAUUGGUGCUGGAGUUGAUAAAUUCUUGUAACCACACGGUUCUGUUGGAUUGUUGAAUGCCAGAUACCCAGCCUUCUAUAAGACUUUGGAAACAAGUGCAAAAUAAUUCAAUGUUCCCCUUCCAGUUUAAAUUUCACCAACCUAAAUCAAGUAAAUAUCAUAAGAAAUUGUGUAUGGAGUUGGAGGUGCUGAAAUAAUAUUGGCUCUUUUUGUAAUUUUGAACUAAAGAUGGGCUGGAAAAUUGUUGUCUUUUUUGACUUUAUCAUUUGUUGCUGUAAUUCACAACCCAUUCAUUCACGGAACAACAUAAGAUGAAAAAUUAACAGAAUCCAUUCAAGGAUUAUGGACAUUAGGCAUUGCUGGUGCUUUAUUGAUCAUCGGUGCUUCAUCAGCCCAAACUUGCGCUGCCACAUCAUAAACAAAAGCAGAAAAACCAAAAUAAACAGCACCAGCCGCCCCCACUAAGAAAGCCAAGAGAAAUUGAGAAAUUUAAAUAAUAUAUAUGAUAAUAAGAGCAUUUCGAAUAUUUUUUUAAA